GUCGGAGAAGGUUGUUCUGUCAAUUGAGUCGCUAAUUAAUGAGAUUUUCUGUUGCUGGAAAUAGGAAAUAUGUCUACAUUUGAACUGAAAAAUUUGAACGAUUGCUUGGAAAAGCAUUUGCCCCCCGGUGAACUAAAAGAGGUGAAGCGAAUUUUGUACGGUGCUGAAGAAGAUCAAACGCUUGAGCUACCCACGAGCGCGAAAGAUAUUGCUGAACAAAAUGGAUUCGACAUCAAGGGCUAUCGGUUCACGGCGCGAGAGGAGCAAACUCGCAAAUGCAGGAUAGUCAGAGUUGGCGCCAUACAGAACUCUAUCGUAAUCCCUACUACGGCUCCCAUUGAAAAGCAACGAGAAGCCAUCUGGAACAAGGUGAAGACCAUGAUCAAGGCGGCAGCGGAGGCCGGAUGCAACAUUAUUUGCACCCAAGAAGCGUGGACCAUGCCCUUUGCCUUCUGCACUCGGGAGAAGUUUCCUUGGUGUGAGUUUGCCGAAGAAGCCGAAAACGGACCCACGACCAAGAUGCUCGCCGAUCUAGCCAAGGCUUACAACAUGGUUAUCAUCCACUCGAUCCUAGAGCGCGAUAUAGAGCACGGCGAGACCAUCUGGAACACUGCAGUGGUCAUCUCGAACAGUGGUCGCUACCUGGGCAAGCACCGCAAGAACCACAUUCCCCGGGUGGGUGACUUCAAUGAGUCCACCUACUACAUGGAGGGAAACACCGGACACCCGGUCUUCGAGACGGAGUUCGGCAAGCUGGCUAUAAACAUAUGCUACGGACGCCAUCACCCACAGAACUGGAUGAUGUUUGGUCUGAAUGGAGCCGAGAUAGUCUUCAAUCCCUCGGCUACGAUCGGUCGGCUAUCAGAGCCACUGUGGGGCAUUGAGGCACGUAAUGCUGCCAUCGCAAAUAGCUACUUCACGGUUCCGAUCAAUCGCGUGGGAACUGAGCAGUUCCCGAACGAGUACACAUCUGGGGAUGGUAACAAGGCGCAUACGGAGUUUGGCCCCUUCUACGGAUCCUCUUAUGUCGCUGCUCCUGACGGCUCAAGAACACCGAGCUUAUCGCGGGACAAAGAUGGCUUGCUUGUGGUUGAACUCGAUCUGAACCUGUGUCGCCAGGUGAAGGACUUCUGGGGCUUCCGCAUGACCCAAAGAGUUCCGCUGUAUGCGGAGUCCUUUAAAAAGGCGUCGGAGCAUGACUUUAAGCCGCAGAUCAUCAAGGACACAUAAGGAGAACAUUUUUACUUUCAUUUCGUUUGACUCUGUUGCUAUUUACUGGCAGAAUGGAUUUAUAAGAAAAUUGCAUUUAAAUUUGAACUUUAAAUAAAGAUAAGAUUACUACGUUCAUAAAAA